GUCUGUUGUAAGCUCAAUAAAGUAGAGGAAGCCAUUGAAGAUUGUACUAAAGCGAUAGAACUUGAUGAUAAAUAUGUUAAAGCAUACCUCAGAAGGGCCAAGUGUUACACAGAUUCAGAGAAAUAUGAAGAAGCUGUGAGAGACUAUGAAAAAGUCUACCAAAUGGACAAAAAUAGAGAGAACAGACGACUCCUUCAAGAGGCUAAACUAGAAUUAAAAAAGAGUAAAAGGAAAAAUUAUUACAAGAUAUUGGGAGUUGAGAAAAAUGCAUCAGAGGACGCAAUAAAGAAAGCAUACAGGAAAAGAGCUCUCAUACACCAUCCCGAUCGACAUGCAAAUGCGUCUGAUGAAGAAAGGAAACAAGAGGAAAUCAAAUUCAAAGAAAUUGGUGAAGCUUAUGGUGUCUUGUCAGAUGCUAAAAAACGAAGUCGAUAUGACAGUGGAGCUGAUCUUGAUGACGAUGGUUCUGGGUUUGGUGGUGAGUAAUGCUAUAUAUA